AUGUACGGCAGGGGCCGGCACUUGGAGCUGCCGAGCCAGCCCCGCCAGCCCAGCCCCGCCAUGCCGCUGCUGCCCCUGGCCCUGCUGGCCGCGCUCCUGGCCGCCGGCCGCGCCGCCAACCCUUGCUGCUCGAACCCCUGCCAGAACAGAGGCGUCUGCAUGACCGCUGGGCCGGAUCGCUACGAGUGUGACUGCACCAGGACAGGCUACUACGGGCAGAACUGCACCACACCGGAAUUCUUCACAUGGUUGAGGCUAGCAGUGAAACCAUCACCAAACACUGUCCACUACAUCCUCACCCACUUCCAAGGAGUCUGGAAUAUCAUCAACAACAUUCCCUUCUUACGGGACACUAUUAUGAGAUACGUGCUAACGUCAAGAUCACACUUGAUUGACAGCCCACCAACUUACAAUACUGACUACAAUUACAAAACCUGGGAAGCUUAUUCCAAUCUUUCCUACUACACGAGAAGCCUUCCACCAGUAGGACUUGACUGCCCAACACCAAUGGGUGUUAAAGGUAAGAAAGAGCUUCCAGAUUCGAAGUUGAUCGUGGAGAAGUUCUUGCUGAGGCGAAAGUUUAUUCCCGACCCACAAGGCACAAACAUGAUGUUCACGUUCUUUGCCCAGCACUUCACCCACCAGUUCUUCAAGACAGACCACAAGAGGGGCCCUGCCUUCACCAGAGCGCUCGGCCACGGGGUUGACUUGAACCACAUUUAUGGAGAGACUCUGGAGAGACAACUUAAACUGAGGCUUCGAAAGGAUGGAAAGCUAAAAUACCAGAUGAUCAAUGGAGAAAUGUACCCGCCGACGGUGCGGGACACACAGGCAGAGAUGCUGUACCCACCCCACGUGCCUGAGCACCUGCAGUUCUCCGUGGGGCAGGAGGUGUUCGGGCUGGUGCCAGGGCUGAUGAUGUACGCCACGAUCUGGCUGCGUGAGCACAACCGCGUCUGCGACGUGCUCAAGCGCCAGCACCCUGACUGGGACGACGAGCAGCUCUUCCAGACCACCCGGCUCAUACUGAUAGGAGAGACAAUCAAGAUCGUUAUAGAGGACUAUGUGCAGCACCUGAGUGGGUACCACUUCAAGCUGAAGUUUGACCCUGAGCUGCUCUUCAACCAGAGGUUCCAGUACCAGAACCGCAUCGCAGCAGAGUUCAACACCCUGUACCACUGGCACCCAUUGCUGCCCGACACCUUCCACAUCCACGACCAGGAGUACACCUUCCAGCAGUUCCUCUACAACAACUCCAUCAUGCUGGAACAUGGGCUCUCCCAUAUGGUCAAAUCUUUCUCCAAGCAAAGUGCUGGCAGGGUUGCUGGUGGGAAGAACGUUCCUGCUGCAGUGCAGAAAGUAGCAAAGGCCUCCAUUGACCAAAGCAGGCAGAUGAGGUACCAGUCCUUGAACGAGUACAGGAAACGCUUCAUGCUGAAACCAUUCCGGUCCUUUGAAGAGCUUACAGGAGAAAAGGAGAUGGCAGCGGAACUGGAGGAGCUGUAUGGGGACAUCGAUGCCAUGGAGCUGUACCCAGGCCUGCUGGUGGAGAAGCCCCGGCCCGGGGCCAUCUUUGGCGAGACCAUGGUGGAGAUUGGGGCGCCCUUCUCCCUGAAGGGGCUGAUGGGCAAUGCCAUCUGCUCCCCCGAGUACUGGAAGCCCAGCACCUUUGGGGGCAAGGUGGGCUUCGACAUCGUCAACACGGCCUCCCUGCAGAAGCUCAUCUGCAACAACGUGAAGGGCUGUCCCUUCACUGCCUUCCACAUCCUGCCUCCCGAGCCUACCGAGGCCACAAUUAAUGUUAGUACCUCAAAAACUGCCAUGGAAGAUAUCAACCCCACACUCCUGCUGAAAGAGCGCUCUGCCGAGCUGUAG